AUGGCUAUCCUAGGCAAGCGCAAGGCUGAUUCCAAGCCUGCAAUCUCCGAAGAAGAUGCCGCUGCCAUCUUCCGUCGACAUUUCGAAGCGCAGUUCGCACCAUUGCCCGAUGCGAAGGAACCCAAAUCCAGCUCAAAGAAGACAAAACAUGACGAUGAAAGCGACGAAGACGAUGAUGUCGAAGGAAGCGACAGCGAUAGUAACGACGGUAGUGACAACGAGGACGAAGGUGAAUGGGGUGGCCUCUCCGGCGGCGACUCAAGUGAGGAGGAAGAGGAAGAGCAGCCUCGAGUGAUAGAAGUCGUGGACCACUCUGGAAAGCAACCAACAGCGACAGCCACAAUGUCCAAACGAGAACUAAAGGCCUUUAUGGUAAUAAUACCCUCCGUAGGAUUUACGAGAUAUAAAACUGACAUACAUCACCAGUCAUCACGCCCUCCAGACCAAACAUUCACCAAAUCCGAACCAACACCUGCAGCUACCCCAUCCUCACCGAACGACCUCCCUGAAGACGCACCCUCUCUACUCGCACAAGAUCUUGAACUUCGUCGACUUAUCGCAGAAUCACACCUCCUCGCCCCCACUAUCUCAGCUUCUGGCACAACCGUUACACCAAAGACGUUCGCGGCUGGCCGUACUCGUCAGAAGGCUACAGACAUGCGUGUUCAGGCCCUAGGAUCCAAGGUAUCUAUUCAUAAACAGGAGAAGAUGCCUAUGAACAUGCGCAAAGGGAUUGUGGCUGCAGCGGAGGCGCGAGAAACCAAACGUCGAAGAGAGGCUAAGGAGAACGGUAUUAUCCUUGAAAGGGAAACUGGUAAAAAGAAAGGACGUCAAGACCGGAGAAGAGACAUGGCAGUCGAUCGACCCGGCAUCGGCAGACUCAGAGGAGCUGAGUUACGUCUCAGUGAUAAAGACAUCAAGGGCAUAGAGGGAACAAGAGAUACGUUUGGCAGACGGGGAAGGCGAUAA